AUGAAAACUCAUAGCAAUGUCUCUUCUCUGAAUUUGGUUUCUUCUUCAAAUCCUAUUGAGAUCUCAUCUCAAAAUGAUGAUUCUGGUCUUCUUGGAGGAGAAAAUGAAUUUCCGCCUCUUGUCAUAUCAAAUGGCAAAGAGGCAAAUGACUCACCGUUGAUUUUGGAAUCUAAUGAAGAAGUGCCUGUUUCAGAUCCUGAAAAUAAUAGGAAAAGCUGGGUGAGUUUUUUUAAAGAUAAUAGAAAACCUAGAAAUGGUUUUAAUCUGAACUAUAUUCAACCUGAUAUCAAAGAUUCAGUAACAUUUGAUGAAGAUGAGUGGAAUGAAGGUGGUUCCAUAUGGAAGUUUUCUCUUAUUGGACAAGUCUUGGGUCUAAAUAUCAAAUAUAAGGCUAUGGAGACUUAUGUGAAGAAAAUAUGGGGAAGCUUAGCACUACCAGAAAUCUGUCUUCUAAAACCUGGACUUUUUCUUUUCAAGUUCAAAAAUCUGGAAGACAUGAGUAUAAUUCUGGAGAAUGGUCCUUGGUUCCUAGGUUCUAGACCUCUUCUCUUGAAAUCUUGGUCUAUUGAUGAUGAACUUGAGAAAAGAAAGGAUAGUGUCUACCCUGUGUGGAUACACUUGCCAGGUUUACGGCUUAACUUGUGGAAUGAAAGAAGUAUCAGCAAAAUAGCCAGUCUUAUAGGUAAGCCAAUUACCACUGAUAAGUUGACAGCAAAUAGACAAAGGCUAGCAUAUGCAAGAGUGUUGGUUGAAGUUACUUUACCCUCCUCGCUUCCUGAUGAGAUUCAUAUCCAGGGACCAAAUGGGAAAAAAUAA